CUAAAACCUUCAUCUUUUCGUCGCUUCAUCUCUCUCUCUCUCUACAUCGUUGCUCAAAUCCUCUUCUUGAUCCUCUCUGACAGCAUAUUCGUUUCGACCAUGGAAAGUCCAAUCGAUCGAUCCUUUUUUCAGGACAUCAAAUCCAGAGAACUGAGUGGAUUCCGAGUUCGCAAACGACCGUAUUUGGAGGGUAAAUCAACAUAUUUCACCGAAGUUGGAGCCGUCGCAGUCGAACAUGACGGCAAUGACUCACCACCGAUGGCGCUGUCUUUCUGCAAGACUAGCAAGAACGCUCAUGUUAUUGCUGUGGCUGACGAAGAUGGGUUUCUCAGUUUGUAUAAUACUCGACAGAAGCUUCAUCCUCUAUCCACUUCUGGAGAGAAUACUAGUAAAGCUAGGGUAUCCGAGUGGAAUGCCCAUGAAAAUGCCAUAUUUGAUGUAUCCUGGAUCAAGGAAGAUUCCCACAUUCUAACUGCAUCUGGCGAUCAAACUGUUAAGGUAUGGGACGCACAAGAAAAGAAAUGCACUGGAAUAUUAAUGGGGCAUACAGGAAGUGUGAAAUCUGUCUGUCCUCAUCCAAUAAACUCAGAUUUAAUUGCCUCUGGUUCACGAGAUGGGUCCUUUGCACUUUGGGAUUUGAGGUGCUCCACUACCCUAGGGAAGAUUUCAGUUGCUGCUGUCCAGAAGGCCCAUGUUUUGUCACACAGAAAACAAACCAAGCCGGGCAAGGCUGCUUCAAUGAGCGUGACAUCAGUUCUAUACCUCAAAGAUGGGAUCACAAUGGCCACUGCUGGAGCAGUGAACAGUGUCAUAAAGUUUUGGGAUGUCAGAAAUUUAAAAUCUCCGGUGCUUCAGGCUUGUCCUCAUCUUCAGUCAUCAAUUGAGAAGGAUAAAUUACAUGGCAUUUCUAGUCUGUCUCAAGAUAUAAAUGGGGUAUUUAUUUCAGCAUCUUGCAUGGACAACAGAAUAUACCUCUACAAUGUGCUUAAUCUCAAUAAAGGUCCAGUAAAAACUUUCUCAGGCUGCCGCAUAGAGUCAUUUUUUGUGAAGUCUGCAAUAAGUCCUGAUGCUGCUCAUAUACUUGCUGGUUCAAGCGAUGGAAAUGCCUACAUAUGGCAGGUGAAUAAAAGUGAAGAAGAUCCUAUGAUUCUCAAAGGUCAUGAUGGAGAGGUUACAGCAGUAAAUUGGAGUGAUUCUGAAGUUGGAAAGAUUGCAACUUCUUCAGAUGAUUUCACAGUUCGAGUUUGGAAUUUGGAGACCAGCUGCUACUCAAAUACAAGAUCACCAUCCUCCAUCAGAAGGAGAGUUAUGGGUCCUUCAACCAUGGAAUGCAAGAAACUGUUUAAGGAUGAUGAACCUGUAACACCAGCAAAGGAUCCUAAAACUCGUCCAACCGAUGGAAUAGAAGAGCAAGUGGAUUCAUCCAAAGCCACAAGCAUUUUGAUGACUCCUCAACCCCAAGAGAAAAUGGAUUCAUCAUCGUGUAUGGAUUUGAAAGAAGAAUUCAACCUUAAGACUCCUGAAGCUACUAUUAAGAGCCCAUCUUCUGUUCUGACUACUCCUUUAUCAUUGAAAAGGACUAUACGAGAUUACUUCACUACUGCAUAACAUUCUUGGUUCAGAUUUAUGAAAGACUAGAUUACUUCACUGUGGUGGCCUGACAUUCUUGGUUUCAGAUUUAUGAUACUAGUAGAUUACUUCACUGGUGCCUGACAUUAUUUGUUGUUCUCAUCUUUAAAAUUUUGCAGUUUUUUUUAUCAGUUGUAAAUAGUACCCAAAUUGUGCUGUUUGAAUGCAUCUUAUAUAUAUAAUAUAUAUAUAUAUACUGAUAAUGUAUCACUAAUCUUUGAAUUAUCCACAGUUG